GAGACGUUUGCAUUCCUUUCUUUUUGGGCUUUUUGGCUGUUGGCUUCACUGAUGUGACCCCCCCCCCCCUUUUGGAAUGAUGGGGAUCUUUUUGGCAUAUGUUGGAUUUGUUUUCUUUUCCGUUUUAUAUGUACAACAAGGGCUGUCUUCUCAAGCAAAAUUUACCGAGUUUCCGCGGAACGUGACGGCGACCGAGGGGCAGAAUGUGGAGAUGUCUUGCGCUUUCCAAAGUGGCUCUGCCUCGGUGUAUCUGGAGAUCCAGUGGUGGUUCCUGCGGGGGCCCGAGGACCUGGAGCCCGGGGCCGAGGUGGCUGGUGCGCAGGUGGAGCUGGUGCCCGACCGAGACCCCGACAACGACGGGACCAAGAUCAGUACAGUGAAAGUCCAAGGCAAUGACAUCUCUCACAAGCUUCAGAUUUCCAAAGUGAGGAAAAAGGAUGAAGGUUUAUAUGAAUGCAGGGUGACAGAUGCCAAUUACGGAGAGCUACAGGAACACAAAGCCCAGGCCUACCUGAAAGUCAAUGCCAACAGCCAUGCCAGGAGGAUGCAGGCCUUUGAAGCCUCGCCCAUGUGGCUGCAAGACAUGAAGCCUCGCAAGAACGUCUCCGCGGCCAUUCCCAGCAGCAUCCACAGCUCGGCCAACCAGCGAAUGCACUCCACCUCCAGCCCUCAAGCGGUAGCCAAAAUCCCCAAACAAAGUCCACAAUCAGGUGCGAGGAUAGCUACAAGCCAUGGACUUUCUGUCCUGCUUCUUGUUUGUGGCUUUGUGAAGGGUGCUUUGCUUUAAUCUAAAGUGCUGACUUUUUUCCAAUAUCACUUUCUCUUCUUAAAGCAAAGAGCAAAUCGCCUGUAAAAUCUACGGAGCGGACAGCAAAGUUGACCCUAAACUCCAAGCACCACUCUGCACCCACUGUUCUCUAAUUACCUACCCAAGGAGCGCCUGCUUCCGGAAGCAUAAAUGAAGAGGCUAUCACACGCUUUGGUCAUAACAUUUUCUUGGGCAAAUCACUGAUCUUUUAUUUCAAGAAAAUUAGUGUGAAGUGAUAGGACUUUUUCUAAUAGCAAGAUCUAUUUUUUUUUUUUUUUUCCCUUUUCCUUCGGCUACUUAAAGCAUCAUCUCAAUGACUGCUCAGGGGUUGGCCUGAACGUCAUCGGUAUAGCAAAUAUUUACUACUACGGAUUUCCUACUAAAAGACACAUUAUCUGCAGGAAACAAACAGAAAUCAAAAAGCUACAGAACAUAAACUAUCAUCAAACAAAACCCCCGAUUUGGGGCAACAACAAAAUCGUCAACACUGCGAGUCAACAAGGAGAACAUUAUUUUAAAUAAGACAUAAUA